GUGCUCGUUCUCGAUGUCAAACGUGAUGACGUACGUUUUUCGCCGCCUGUUGGACUGUCUUUCACAGUUGGUGACGAGUAUUAUAAAAAUGGCCUCGACCCUACCCGCAAACCCGAGUAUCCAGAGAAGAUGACGACAUUACGCUUGUUAAGUCAGUUAAACAACAAAGUGUUUCCUUUAAAUACGUAGAUGAUAGUGUAAUAAAGCAAAAGGAAGAGACUCCCAGUAACGAAAACAGUCCGGAGCGCUGCAUAUUUUCGUUCGGCGGGUGGCUGAGGAUUCACCACCAUGGAGGAUAUCAACUCUAAUAUCAACGCGGACUUGGAGGUGCGGAAGCUCCAGGACCUGGUGAAAAAACUCGAACAGCAAAACGAACAGCUUCGCAGUCGGUCCACGAUGCUGUCUUCGUCCGGAGCGAUGUCGGAGAACCACAGACCUCUCAGCGCCGGAAACGAGUCGUCCCUGUCAGUGGGGCUGGCAGCCGGUCUGGCCGGCUUCCCUGGGGUGGGGUUCGGCGGUCCGGGCGGCUACGGUGGGCUGCUGGAGAACAACCGCUGCUCCAGACCCAGGCUAUCCUACGACGGCAUCAGCUUCAAGAGGGCGUACGAGUGUGAGGGGGCAUCUGCUGCCACCUCUGUACAGUCGAGCAUGAACUCCCUUUACUCAGACAGCGCCGAGGGGGAAAGCUCUGUUCUAGAUGAAGUGGACAUCUUAGAUCUUGAGGACAUGGAUUGUCUAAACGAAGACGAGGACAGCUGGUUAUAUGAGGCCAAACUGAACAGUCCCUUACAAAAAGCCUUGAGUCCUAUAGUGUGGUGCCGCCAGACUCUGGACAGCCCCAGUCCUGAGAUAGAAUCAGCCAAGCGCUCUCUGAUCCACAGACUGGACCUCACCAUGUCAGCCAACAAGCGCAGGAGCCUGUAUGGAAGUCCCUAUCUGCAGCAGGGCUAUGGAAGUCCUUAUAGCACAAAUACAGCUAACAGCCCUUACAGCAGCGGCUUCAACUCCCCCUCCUCAACCCCCAGCAGAGUGCCCAUUGUGCGACAGCAGCUAAUGCCUAGUAACGCUGCGCACCAGAGAAAUGCAGCAGCAGAGAGGAAUCCUCCAGCGAUUAGCCCGCAGUCAUCAGUGGACAGUGAGCUGAGUACAUCAGAGAUGGACGAGGACUCUGUCGGCUCCUCAACUACCUACAAGCUCAAUGAUGUCACUGAUGUCCAGAUAAUGGCACGCAUGCAGGAAGAGAGCUUGAGACAGGAGUACGCUGCGACAGCAUCCAGGCGAAGCUCGGGUUCCUCCUGCCACUCGCUGCGACGCAGCACCUUCAGUGAUCAGGAGUUGGAUGCACACAGCCUGGAGGACGAGGAGGAGGCGGUGCACCCGGCCUUCCCCCAGCCUUCCAGCCGCUUCAGCCCCUCCCCUCGCCACUCCCCUCGCGUCUCUCCCAGAAAUUCGCCUCGCUCGCGCUCACCUGCUCGCUCUAUAGACUACAGCCACGGCCGCAGCUCGCCGCAGCCGAUCAUCAGCCGCCUGCAGCAGCCUCGCCACUCGCUGCAGGGCCACGGCCACGACAUGCAGACCAAUGUGGUGAAGAAUGAAGAGAAGCUGCGUCGUAGUCUUCCCAACCUCACACGCUCCUCUGCUGCCGCCGCAGCUCAGUCCCAGGAGCCCGUCAAGAGCAGCCGCAGCUGUGAGUCCAACCUGCAAGUGGCAAACGGAGGCUCCCCCCGACACCAGAGUCAGUCUGCCAUCACAGCUCAGCUCCCAAGGUACUCAGCUCCUUCUCGCUCAUCUCCGAAACCCAAACAGCUCCUCCAAAAGCCGACAGCCCUGCGAGUCCCUUCUCCUAGUAAACUUCGAACCCCGGCUGCACCGUCUCCACUGGCUCUGAGACAGCCUGUAAAGGCCACCUCCACCCCCAGCUCUGCCACCUCCACCCCCACCCGCUCGCUGGCUGCCCCCCGCAGCGGGCUGCCCCGACCCAGUGCUUCUGCAGGAGGAAGCAUCUCUCUGCCUCGCAGCAAACUGGCCCAACCUGUUCGAAGGUCUCUUCCUGCUCCUCGGACCUAUGGCAGCACAGGUGACAACUGGAGAGAAGGUUGUUACUGAGCUGAGCCAGCAGGGGGCGCUCUGCUCACACAAUCAACACAAGGAGGAAGAAAAUACAGCAUGGCACUUUAUAUCCCCACAUAACUUGUCCCGCAAAGAGACUAGACCAACCCAGUCCCAAACAAAUUCAUCAUUUAAAGGAGAGGACAGAGUCUGUCACGGUUCUUCUCUGUGGGGACUGGAUCUGGAGGGGGGGGGGUCGGACAUGUAGUGUAGAAAACGCCAAAGAACCCAGCCGAUCUCCAACUCCGCCAGCAGAGGACAUGUCUCCACAUGUGUCCAGCCUGGCCYUGUCCUCUCCUCCUGGCUCUUCUGACACGUCCCUCAGGUUGAAAUGUUUCCACGUGUUCCUCUUGUCUGUCCUCAGCAGAAGUCAGUGGACGUCUCUGUGACGAUGGUGUGCAGGUGGACUGUCUGUGAUGUUAGAGAAUUGUUGAUGUCUUGCAACAGUAAAAGCACCUCUGUGUCGGUAUGACUCAAUCUUUCUUCUCAAAGAAAAAAAAAAUCAGCCA